AUGGCUGGGCCCACCAUUCUUGAGGCGGUUAGGCAGAAGCUGUUGGACAUGAAUGGCCAGCUCAAAGACAUCGCUGGUGACACAAAGCCCUGCCAUCUCACCUCGCGGCCCGCCUCAGCGCGUGCGCGCCCUGCCACAGCACCAGGACUGGCUAAGUCGCCACUUGGGGUACGAUCGCGACCCCAAAGCGCGCGAUCAGCGCGAUCAGUGACAUCGGCACCGGCAGCUGCUCCGCCGACACCGCGAGCGCCGGAGAUAGUGGCUCAGAAGGUUCAGUUACAAGCAGUUCCCGCGCCCGCGAAAGCAUCUUGCGGUGUCCAGCAGGAGCCCAUCCUGAAGGCAGACUUCCAAGCUCUUCUGGAGUUGAUCGGUGCCAAGGCGGCAGCAUGCUUCUCCUCCUUCCAUCAAUGUUUUCGAAGGGUUCCUUGGAUCUGA